UUAGGGCCACAUGGGCCUCAGGUAAGACUUUGAAUAACAAUCAAUAAUCCUAAUGGAACACAACUGUGUUACAAUCCAUGCAGCCACACUAUUUGAUGGUGUGGUGUUCUAGAUCAGUGGUUUCCAACUCCAGUCCCCCAGUAACCUCAACAGCACACACGUUUGUUGUUGCUCUGGACAAAAAACAACUGGUGCAGGUGUCCCUAUCUCUUCUGUUUUUCAGGGUGAUUCUGGGUAUGAUGGCGCCCAAGGUCCACUUGGGCCAAUGGGGGCCCCAGGUGUGACUGGUAUGAUUGGAGCACAGGGGGUGAACGGCUCAAGGGGAGAAGCAGGGCCAGAUGGACCAGUUGGCCGUAGAGGGCCCCCAGGUCCCAUAGGAUUGUCAGGACAGAGAGGCUCUCCUGGACUUCGAGGAAUCCAAGGACAUCCAGGGAUGUAUGGUCUUCCAGGUCAAAAAGGUGACAUAGGUGAAGUCGGGGCAUUGGGCAUGAAGGGUUUACCAGGCCUUGAAGGGCCCAUGGGGACUGCUGAAAUUCCAGGUCUGAAGGGGGCUCCAGGUGGCACAGGCUUCAGAGGAAUAGAUGGAGACAAAGGAGAUGCUGGACCCAAAGGAGACAGGGGUUCUGUUGGUGCGUCAGGGAUCCUAGGCCGUCAGGGUGAGAGGGGUCAGAGUGGCCUCUCAGGCCUUCCUGGUGUCAGAGGUCAAGCUGGCCCCCAAGGCAUUCUGGGUGAAGACGGAGAGGUCGGCCUCCAGGGAGUGGUUGGAAAGGAGGGGUCAAAGGGCCACAGGGGAACUCCAGGCCAUAAUGGGAAAUCAGGACCUAAAGGACCCAGGGGUCGUACUGGACAGCCUGGUCUUUUUGGUAUACCUGGAAUCCCGGUAAGAGAACAGUAUUCAUUCUCAUAUGAAUAUUACUUGACAGACAAUCCUUGAUGGAUACUGUAGCUAUAGUAACAAUCAGCUGUCCUUGUUGUGUGUGGUAUGUAUGCCAGACGUGUUUGUG